AAUUUUGAACAAGCAACUAAUGAUAUUAGUGGUUGCAAAUAUUCAACUAUUGGAUUAGUUAUUCCAUUUUAUAGCUCUUUACUUGAUGAAAUAGAUAAAUAUAUUAAAAAUUAUUCUAAUACAAUUAUUGAAGAAGCAGCUAAAAAAGCUAAAACUAAAUUAGAAAAAUAUUAUUCAGAUGCUGAAGAUCCUAGACUUAAAUUAGAAUAUUAUGCUGAAAAUGAAUUAGAUGAUUAUAUUGAAUCUUAUAAAAAACGAAUUAAAGAAUUGUGGAAAUCUGAAUAUCAACCAACCCAAAAUUCUAUUUCUAAAAAUAAUCAACAAAAAAAAGUAGCUACUAUUUUCAAAAAAUGUAAAAUUGUAUAUUCUGAUGAAUUAGAUAUCUAUUUAAGAAAUCCAACAAUAGAUCCAUUUAUAUAUGAUGAUAUUUUAUUAUGUAGUGUUCCAGUAGAUUUCAAAACUACAAAUAAUAUAGGUGAAGAAUUAGCUAUUGAAUCAGAUAAAACAACUGAGUUAAUUAUAGAAAUAGAAUUGGGUGAUGAGCAGGGUCUUCAAUUUUGGUGA